AUGAGCGGCGGGAGCGAGUUCGUGGAGACGCUGCGGGCCCUGCGCUACCCCGGCGCCGGCCGGCUCUGCGCGGCGGACUUCGACUGGCUGUUCGAGGCGGCCGAGGACGCGGCCUUCCUGCGCUGGUUCUGCGGGCGCGUGGGCGCGCGGAGCGCGCUGUCGGGGGCGGAGCUGCGGGCCUUCGGCGCCCUGCGCGCGGCGGGCCAGCCGGUGCUGGAGGGGGCGGCGCUGGACGCGGCGCUGCGGGCCUGCGGGGCGCCGGGGCCGGGCGCGCGGGCCGUGCGGGCCGGGGAGCUGGCGGCCCUGGAGGAGCAGGCCCGGGCCCUGCAGAGCCUGAGGAGCCUGAAGCUGCAGCGGCGCAACCGGAGCCAGCUGCUGGCGGCCGCCGCCGCGCCCCGGGCCGCGCGGCUCGGCGCCCAGGAGGAGGCCGCGGCGGGGACGCUGAGGCGCGGCCGGGCCGCUGCGCAGGCCGCGAGGGCCGGGGUCGGCCGCGAGCUGCGGGGCGUCGCCGACGCGGUGGCGCGGCUCGGGCCGCUCUGGAGGCCGGCGGACGCGGGCCCGCGCGCGCUCUUCUCGCAGCUCUCGCUGGAGCGGUUCCUCGGCCAGGAGGAGCGGAGCACGGCCGCGCUCUCCGCCUACGCCCAGCGCCGCCUCCUCCCGGGCGCGCGGCAGGCGGCGGGGCGCGGCGGCGGCGGGGAGAGCGGCCGGCCCCCGGCCCCGCGGGCCCCCGACGAGCGCCGGCGGGAGAUGGCGCGGCUGCGCCUGGCCUGCGUCUGCGCCCAGCACCAGCUCGCGCGCCUGGAGGCCGGCGCCCGGGGCCUGCGGGCGCGCGUCGAGUGGGCGGAGGCGACGCUCGCUGCUCUCGCCGCGCAGGCCGCCGGCGAGGAUGCUCUGGACACAGACGUUUCCAGCCUCAGCCGCGAGGUUGUCAGCCUUGAGGACGAGCUCGCUCGCGUGGAGCGCGCGCGGCUGCCCGCGGUGGCGAAGGAGAGCGCCCGGUGCCUCGACGUGCCGGUCGCGAGGGGCGACGCCGACCUGCAGCUGGCGGAGCAGGACGCCUCCACAGCCACCCAGGAGUUCGUCCUGAGUCAGCUGAUCAAGCAGAAGGCCUCGUUUGAGCUUCUACAGCUGUCCUUUGAAGUAGAAUUGAGGAAACACGGGGACAUAAAUCGGCAACUUGAAAAUUUGGUUCAAGAGCUUAGUCAGAGCACUGCGGCGCUGCGCCGCCGCGUGGACCUGCUGGCCGACGCGGCAGGGUGGCGGCAGGCAAGCCCGAGGGAUGCCAUCGAGGCCAAGGAUUAUUCUGCCCACAGGCUUUCCGAGCUUUUAGAAGGAGAAAAUAAGAAAAAAGAAUUAUUUAUGACCCAUGGAAACCUAGAGAAAGCGGCUCAGAAAUUAAAACAGGCUGUUUCUUUAGCACAAAAUCAAUUGGAAAUCUCUACUCGUGAACAUUCUUCCUUUCUUUCCAAGCUGAAUAAUGAUGUGGACAUGCUUUGUGAUGCUUUGUAUCAAGGAGGAAAGCAGCUUUUGCUUAGUAAUCAGGAGUUAACGGAGCAAUUUCAUCAAGUUGAGUCACAGCUGAAUAAGCUCAAUCAUCUUUUUACUGAUGUUCUUGCUGAUGUGAAAACAAAGAGAAAAAUGUUGGAAUCUAAUAAGCUCCUUCAAAUGGAAAGAAAAUUAUAUGUAUAUUUCUUAAAAGAUGAAAAUUACCUGAAAGAUAUUGUGGAAAAUUUAGAAAAUCAGUCAAAGAUUAAGACCAUUGGUCUAGAAAUUACUAAAAACUGAGUCUUCACUACUUGUACUGUGUUAUAAAGUUUUAUAUACUAGGAGGAUACAAAUAAUAAAUACUACUAAAGUGAAGUAUUCUAUCAGCUGUUUUUUCCUUACAUAACAUAACAUUUGUUCGAAGUACCAGUGCUUUUUAUGAGUUGAUCAUUUGCUUGGAGGUACAUAGUUCUGAUAACUUAGAGAGUAAAAAACUUUAUAUAGUGCAAGUAUUUUUUAAUGCAAUUUAGCUAUAUCUCUCUUCUUUAUACAAUAGCUAUUUAUACUAGGUUUUUUAAAUUCAUGUUUCUACUGUUACAUGUUUUAAAAAUUUGUGGAACUUUGAAUCAGGAUUAUUAAAGGUUACCUUAAUAUGGAAUAGCCAGAUACUUUGACUAUAAAGUAAAAUACUGCCACUCAAACUGUUUUCCCCCAUAAUUCUUACUCUAAGAUUUGAGACUGUUUUAAUGUUCCUAUUUAAACCACAAAGAAUGUCAGAGCUCAAUUAACCAUUGUUCAUUUUAGAAACUGGAUCUUGGGGACUGAAAAUUUCUGCAAGGUAGAUCUCAACAGUGCUUUGACUUUAGUCAAAGUGCUUAGACUUUAGACUUACACAUUACAAAUGACUUUAAAAUGAAAUUUUACAACUAUGUAGAAGUGCUUGCUUACAAGAUGUAUGAUGCAAUUUUAAUUAGUUUCUUGGAGUGAAAAUACUUGAGUGAUGGUUGUAUUAAUUGGGAUAGAAGUAUAGUAUUUGGUUAAAUAGAAAUUGUUUUAAGAGUUGAUAUACAAUAAUUUAAAGUAAUUUAUCAGUCAUUACAUCAAAUGCUUCCUGAGUUCACUUGUGGCCUUGUAUUACCUAUCAUGUAAGCUUUGAUAGAGGACAGAAAAGACAUAGAAUAUUCCUGCUCCAAGAAUAUGUCACCUGCUUUUUUUUUUUUUGGGUGGGACCCUCACCAGCGGCCGGGGAAUGAACCGGCGCUGCAGAGGCUGCAGGCAGCCCCGCAGCCCAGCGCUCAACCGCUGCGCUACCAGGGGAGGCCCCGUUAGCUGCUUUUAAUAUGAAAUGGCAGUCUGAACUUCAAGUGGUCCAUGGGCUUUUCCAGCUAUAAUGAUCAGAAAAUGGGUAUGAGAUGAAGUGUCAGAUGAGCCUUGUUCGUUUUUGUAAUCCAUUGAACAAAAUUUUUUUUUAAAGAUUGAUUUAUUUAUGCAUACAAGAACUGGGGUAUAGGCCAGAGGUGUGUGGGGGCGGGGUGAGAGGACUCACCAGAGACAGAGUGGGCAGACUGACCAAAAUAUACUGCUGAGGGGAGCGGCGGGGAGACAGGAGAGGUCUGCUGUGGCAUUUGGGUCACCUCCCUAGCCAGGGCUCGAACUCGCGCUGUAGUGGCUGCAGAUAGCUUCAUAGGUUGCCUCUCAACCCCUUGCGCCACCAGGGAGGCCCUGAACAAAAUAUUUUUUGUUCAUUACUGUUAUUUGUACAUUUAUUCAAAAUUUUAUAUUAAGUAGAUCUUAACUUGACAAUUUUGUAGCAGUAAAUUUUGCUGUCAGUUCCUCAAGGAUGAUUUUUCCUUUUUUUUUUUUCCCUCAUCUACCUUGGAAUAAUUUAUUUUAAAAUUUUCUCCAAUAAUGUGGUGUUUUUGCUCAUGGUAACAAAUUCUGUGUAAAGUAAUGCCAUAUAUUAAUGUAUCACCAACUGUUUGUGAUUUCUACUGUCCCAUGCCUUCACCCACUCAAACCCGGGGCCACUGUGGAGCCGUGGCCAAAGUCGGUCAAAACAUUUUUUAUUACAUUUGUAUAUUAGAUUAUAGCAGCUGUUUUUCAAAUUUCAGGAAGUGUUUGAGUAGAUUACUUGUUUCAAAAUCAGUUAACUAGAAGAUAACUCUCUACUUUGUUUCUUUUUUACCAUAAUACCACAAUUGUUUUGUUUUCCUUUUUUGUCUUACCUCAUAAUUGAUAGUUAUUUCAUUCAAUUACCAAUAUAGUAUCAAUUUUUAUGAAAGUCUCAGUACAUAAAAAGUUUCAAAUAAUCUGUUUUGAAAUCUUAAUAUAUGGGUAUUAUGUUUCUC